AUCGUGGUCUCUCCGCAGAACCCUCCAGUGGACAUGGGUGGGGCCCUGGGGCCGGCCCUGCUACUCACCUCACUCCUCGGUGCCUGGGCAGGGCUGGGCCUGGGGCAGGGCGAGCAGGCUGUGACGGUGGCCGUGGUGUUUGGCAGCUCGGGGCCACCGCAGGCCCAGGCCCGUAUCCGCCUCACCCCCCAGAGCUUCCUGGACCUGCCCCUGGAGAUCCAGCCACUCACCGUGGGUGUCAACAGCACCAACCCCAGCAGUCUUCUCACCCAGAUCUGCGGGCUCCUGGGCACUGCCCGAGUCCACGGCAUCGUCUUUGAGGACAACGUGGACACCGAGGCCGUGGCCCAGAUCCUCGACUUCAUCUCCUUCCAGACCCACGUGCCUAUCCUCAGCAUCAGUGGGGGCUCUGCUGUGGUCCUCACCCCCAAGGAGCCGGGCUCCGCCUUCCUGCAGCUGGGCGUGUCCCUGGAGCAGCAGCUGCAGGUGCUGUUCAAGGUGCUGGAGGAGUACGACUGGAGCGCGUUCGCCGUGAUCACCAGCCUGCACCCGGGCCACGCGCUCUUCCUCGAGAGCGUGCGCGCCGUCGCCGACGCCAGCUACGUGGGCUGGCGGCUGCUGGACGUGCUCACGCUGGAGCUGGGCCCCGGCGGGACGCGUGCCCACACCCAGCGCCUGCUGCGCCAGCUCGACGCCCCGGUGCUGGUGGCCUACUGCUCGCGCGAGGAGGCCGAGGUGCUCUUCGCUGAGGCGGCCCAGGCCGGCCUGGUGGGACCCGGUCACGUGUGGCUGGUGCCCAACCUGGCGCUGGGCAGCACCGACGCGCCCCCCGCCGCCUUCCCCGUGGGCCUCAUCAGCGUCGUCACUGAGAGCUGGCGCCUCAGCCUGCGCCAGAAAGUCCGCGACGGCGUGGCCAUCCUGGCCCUCGGCGCCCACGGCUACCGGCGCCAGCACGGAGCCCUGCCCGCCCCGGCUGGGGAGUGCCGCGGCCACCCUGGGCCUGUCAGCCCUGCCCGGAAGGCCUUCUACAGGCACCUACUGAAUGUCACCUGGGAGGGCCGGGACUUCUCCUUCAGCCCUGGUGGGUACCUGGUCCAGCCCACCAUGGUGGUGAUCGCCCUCAACCGGCACCGCCUCUGGGAGAUGGUGGGGCGCUGGGACCAUGGUGUCCUCCACAUGAAGUACCCGGUGUGGCCUCGCUACAGUGCCUCCCUGCAGCCCGUGGUGGACAGCCGGCACCUGACGGUGGCCACGCUGGAAGAGCGACCCUUUGUCAUUGUGGAGAGCCCCGACCCUGGCACAGGCGGCUGCGUGCCCAACACUGUGCCCUGCCGCCGGCACGGCAAUCACACCUUCAGCAGUGGUGACACGGCCCCCUACACCAAGCUUUGCUGUAAGGGCUUCUGCAUCGACAUCCUCAAGAAGCUGGCCAAGGUGGUCAAGUUCUCUUACAACCUGUACCUGGUGACCAACGGCAAGCAUGGCAAGAGGGUGCGCGGCGUGUGGAACGGCAUGAUCGGGGAGGUGUACUACAAGCGGGCAGACAUGGCCAUUGGCUCCCUCACCAUCAAUGAGGAGCGCUCCGAGAUCGUGGACUUCUCUGUGCCCUUCGUGGAGACGGGCAUCAGUGUAAUGGUGGCUCGCAGCAACGGCACCGUCUCCCCCUCGGCCUUCCUGGAGCCCUACAGCCCUGCCGUGUGGGUAAUGAUGUUUGUCAUGUGCCUCACCGUGGUGGCUGUCACCGUCUUCAUGUUCGAAUACUUCAGCCCCGUCAGCUACAACCAGAACCUCACCAGCGGCAAGAAGUCUGGGGGCCCGUCCUUCACCAUCGGCAAGUCUGUGUGGCUGCUCUGGGCACUGGUCUUCAACAACUCGGUGCCCAUCGAGAACCCCCGGGGCACCACCAGCAAGGUCAUGGUCCUGGUCUGGGCUUUCUUCGCCGUCAUCUUCCUCGCCAGCUACACUGCCAACCUGGCCGCCUUCAUGAUUCAGGAGCAGUACAUCGACACUGUGUCUGGCCUCAGUGACAAGAAGUUCCAGCGGCCUCAGGAUCAGUACCCGCCCUUCCGCUUCGGCACCGUGCCCAACGGCAGCACGGAGCGGAACAUCCGCAGCAACUACCGUGACAUGCACACCCACAUGGUCAAGUUCAACCAGCGCUCAGUGGAGGACGCGCUUAGCAGCCUCAAGAUGGGGAAGCUGGAUGCCUUCAUCUAUGAUGCUGCUGUCCUCAACUACAUGGCGGGCAAGGACGAGGGCUGCAAGCUGGUCACCAUUGGCUCUGGCAAGGUCUUUGCUACCACUGGCUAUGGCAUCGCCAUGCAGAAGGACUCCCACUGGAAGCGGGCCAUAGACCUGGCGCUCCUGCAGUUCCUGGGGGACGGGGAGACCCAGAAGCUGGAGACGGUGUGGCUCUCGGGGAUCUGCCAGAACGAGAAGAACGAGGUGAUGAGCAGCAAGCUGGACAUCGACAACAUGGCCGGCGUCUUCUAUAUGCUGCUUGUGGCCAUGGGGCUGGCACUGCUGGUCUUCGCCUGGGAGCAUUUGGUCUACCGGAAGCUGCGCCACUCGGUGCCCAACGCGUCCCGGCUGGACUUCCUGCUGGCCUUCAGCAGGGGCAUCUACAGCUGCUUUAGCGGGGUGCAGAGCCUGGCCAGCCCCGUGCGGCCGACCAGCCCGGACCUCACCGCCGGCUCGGCCCAGGUCAGCGUGCUCAAGAUGCUGCAGGCGGCGCGCGACAUCGUGACCACGGCGGGCGUGAGCAGCUCCCUGGACCGCGCCACGCGCACCAUCGAGAGCUGGGGCGGCGGCCGCCGUGCGCCCCCGCCGCCCGCCUGCCCCAGUCCGCGGCCGCCCACCCCCGGCCCGCCCCCCGAGCCGAGCCCCACGGGCUGCGGGCCGCCGGGCGGGGGCCACACCGCGCUGGGGCGUAGGGCCCCGCAGCCCCCGGGCCGUCCCCCGACGUCCGGGUCCUCCCUACCCGACGUCUCCCAGGUGUCUGGCCGGCCGGCCUGGGAGGCGCGGUGGCCGUCGCUGGCCGGGCGCGGCGGGCGGCACCUCUCGGCCUCCGAGCGGCGCGCGCUCCCGGAGCGCCCUCAGUCGCCCGAACCCGAGGACCUGCCGCUGCUCGGGCCGGAGCAGCUGGCCCGGCGGGAGGCUCUCCUGCGCGCGGCCUGGGCCCGAGGUUCGCGCCCGCGCCACGCUUCCCUGCCCAGCUCGGUGACCGAGGCCUUCGCCCGGCCCAGCUCGGAGCCCUCCCGGUGUGCCCGCCCGGCCUGCGGGCGCUGGACGCAGGCGCAGUCGAUGCGGCUGCCGUCCUACCGGGAGGCCUGCCAGGAGGGGCUGUGGGCAGGGCCUCCCCUCUGGCCGCACGGACAUCACGCCUGCCUCCACGCCCAUGCCCACCCGCCGCUUUGCUGGGGGGCUGUCUGCCCUCACCUCCCACCCUGUGUCAGCCACGGCUCCUGGCUUCCUGGGGCUUGGGGGCCUCCGGGGCACAGGGGCAGGACUCUGGGGCUGAGCACAGACUACAGAGACACUGGGGGGCUGGAAGAGGUCAGUAGGGUGGCCUGUGGGAUGCACGGCUUCCCCCGACCUUGCACCUGGAGGCGGAUCUCCAGCUUGGAAUCAGAAGUCUGA